AUGGGGAAAAAGGAGCCAGGCAGGACAGCAGGAGGAUGGGGAAAAAGGAGCCAGGCAGGACAACAGGAGGAUGGGAAGGAGGAGCAAGGAAGGAUAGCAAGUAGAUGUGAAGGAGCCAGUCAGGACUGCAGGAGGAUGCAAAGGAGGAGUAAGGCAGGAAAGCAGGUGGAUGUGAAGGAAGAGCCAGUCAGGAUAACACGAGGAUCCAGAAAGAGGACCCAGGAGGGACAGAAGAAUGAUAGUAAGGAGGAGCAAGGCAGGCCAGCAGUUGGAUGUGAAGAAGGAGCCAGUCAGGACAGCAGGAGGAUGGGGAAGGAGGAGCCAGGCAGGACAGCAGGAGGAUGGGAAGGAGGAGUUAGGCAGGAUAUCAGGAGGAAGGAAAGAGGAGCUACGGAGGAUAUCAGGAGGAUGGGAAGGAGAAGAAAGGCAGGACAGCAGGAGGGUGGGAAGAAGAAGCCAGGCAGGACAGUAGGAGGAAGGAGGAGACAAGCAGAAAAGCAGGAGGAUACUUUGUGA